AUGGCCAAGACGGCUGAUCCAGUGCAGGCUGCACGCAAAGCUGCCAUCAAGCGCGAGGCCAAGCGCAAUCGUGAGCGCAAGGAGCAAGCACAAGAAGCGCGUCUCUUGCGCCAGGACACCACUGCGCUCGAGCGUCAGAUUCAACGACUCGAGUCAAGGCAGGGCACACUCGAUGCAGAGGAACAAGAGGAGCUUAAACGACUACAGGCAGAAGCUGCAAAGGUCAAGCGCAUCAAGGAAGAGUACAUUCGCAACCAUCCCGAUCAUCGCAACUUUGUUCGCGGCUACCAAGACGGUGCGAGCAGCUCAAACGGUCAGAAGACCAAUGAUCGACCUCACAUCCCCGCCGCCUCGCAGUUUCGAGCGGCCCUUCCAGCAGCGCAAUUGACUCAGCGAGAUCCACGAUGGAGCAUCUACUACGAUGCCAUCUUCAACCCCUAUGGUGCGCCACCGCCGGGCAUGCCUUACCUCGAAAAGUCGCAUGCACAGCUUGUUGCGGAGGGUCUUCUAGAUGAUUCCAAACCGCCACCGCUGCCGGAAGAGACUGCCGAGUAUCAAUGCCUUGGCUCGGAUAAUGACAGCAACGACUCGAGCAUUGAUGAAGAUCUGAAAGACAUUGUUAUGCCUGCAGGGCCGCCUCCCAUCAGGCUCCUUCCUGAUCACCAAGACAUGCAAAGAGGGUUCACCGUGAACAACAAUCCAUCUAGAGGCAGAGGGCAUGGGCCCAGCGGUGGUGGCAGGGGCCGAGGCAUGGAGGAGCCUCGCCAUCAGAGCGGAAGGCAAGGACGUGAUCCCAACCAGCAGGGUAGUGCAAGGCCGAAUCGCAAUCCUUCCGGUCUACCACCACGACCGCUAACUGGACCUUCAGCACGACCAGCUCCACCGAUGGCGUCUGCUAAAGCAUCUUCAUCACGCCCGCCAGUUCCAGGAUCUGAUCCACCAAGACCUCCAGGACCCCCGCCAUCGAUACCGGACGGCGUUGUCAUUGCUGCAGAGCCUCAGCUGCGUGACUUGAAAAAAGAGUCGACCGCCUUUGUACCAGCCGCAUUACGUAAGAAACAACAAGAGGAGAAGGCAAGAAUGAAGCGAGGUCUGCCAGGAAGGAUUGAUGCAGCACCCAUUUCGGAGGACAUGUCGAGCGAAGCUUCGGCAGCGGCUUACAAGGAGAAGCCGGACCUACUCAAGUCGGUGCAGGCGCAUCUGCCGCCAAAAAGCACGGGUGGACAGUCAGAGUCGAGUGGCAACAACAGCAAGAAAGAGUACGAUGAAUUUCUUGACGAGGUGGGGGACUUGCUGUGA